AUGGUCCGUCUUUCCAACUUCGUCGCUUUCGCCGCGGCGUCCCUCGCUCCUUUCACCCAGGCUCAGGACCUGGAGACCUGCCUCGAGACGGCGGGCCUCAUCACUUCCUUCCCCGAGACCAACGCCUCGUUCCCCAACGAUGUCCGCUCGUGGCAGCGCCGCAUCACCCCGACCCCGGCCGCAGUCGCCUGGCCCCGCAGCACCCCCGAGGUCGCCGCCGCCCUGGCUUGCGCCCGUGAGGCCAAGGUCCUCGUCGCCGCUCGUGACGGAGGCCACUGCUACGGCUCCUACAGCUUGCCGAAUGGCGGACUUACCCUCAACAUGACCAACUUCCAGAACGUCAGCUACGACGAUGCCACCGGCCUCCUCACCUACGGUGGCGGAGCUCUCGUGAGCCCUGUUGUCAGCUGGCUCUGGAAGGAGCAUGGCGCUCGUUUCCCACACGUCCGCGCCAAUAUGGUCGGCCUUGCUGGUUCAUCCAUCGGUGGUGGCUUCGGCUCUCUGUCCCGUAUCCUCGGAACCCCCAUGGACUACCUCGACGGCGCCACGUACAUGCUGUACAACGGCACGAUCGCCAAGUGCUCCCGCACCGAGAACCCCGACCUCUUCUGGGCUCUUCAGGGUGCCGGUAGCUCCUACGGUAUCAUUCUUGACCUGACGACCAAGACCUGGAAGCCCACCUACGCCAAGGCCAUCGACUACACCAUCACCCUGAACGACACUUCCCUCGCCGCUGGUGUCGAUGCCCUCUUGACGAUCCAGGAUCACGUCCUGACCGGCCAGUGGCCCGAUGAACUCACUCUCCGCUGGUCCCUCACUGCCCCUCCCUUCACCGGCUCCGGCUUCUACUGGGGCAACCCGGACGACUUCGACAAGCUGAUGGAGCCUCUCAUGGCCAAGCUCCCCGCCAACACCAACCUCACCCGCAACAUCAACGACUUCUGGGCCACCGAGAACGUCGCCACCCCCUCCGUCGACAUCCCCGUCGACACCUUCCCUCCCCGCAGCUUCUACCUCCAGGCCCUGGUCCUCCGCGCCGACCAGCCCUUCACCAAGGAGUCCGCGACCGCGCUCUACGAGCACACCACCUUCGCCUUCAACCGCACCGACCUGACCAAGUUCGGCUUCAUCGACCUGUGGGGCGGCAAGCCCACCCAGGCCCUCAAGGACGAGGAUACCUCGUUCGCCCACGCCAACAGCUUGUGGCUCAUCCGCUGGGAGGGCCGUCUGGCCACCGGCCUGACGCAGUUCCCCGCCGACGGUCUCGCCUACAUGCAGAACGGCUUCGAGCCCUUCCGUCAGCAGCUGAGGACCGAGGGCGUGCCGCUCCGCGGCUUCGUCAACUACCGCGACACCGCCUUGACUGUUGACCAGUGGAGCGAGCGUCUGUACGGCAAGAACUACGCCAAGCUGCAGCAGCUGAAGACCGUCUACGACCCCGAGGGCAUGUUUACCGCCCACCCCCAGAGCAUUCCCCUUCCCGGCCAGGAGCCUCCUGCUGCUGUCAACUAA